CCGAGAGCGCCGCGGGACGAGCGGGACCAGCGGCAGCGCCGGCUCUGCCCCGCGGCCCCACGGAGCCCCGCAGGACACUGAAGACCAUAAAAGUUUGACCAAAAAGAAAAAAUGGCCAGAAAGAAUAUAGACUAUGGAGUGCUGCCUGAGUAUGAGAAAAGCCAGAUCAAAAGGACCUUGGAAUUGGGAACUGUUAUGACAAUAUUCAGUCUAAAGAAGAGCAGCCCAGAAAGGAGGACUAUUCAAGUCAUAAUGGAAACCAGGCAGGUAGCAUGGAGCAAGACAGCUGACAAGAUUGAAGGUUUCUUGGAUCUGAUGGAAAUAAAAGAAAUUCGCCCAGGAAAGAAUUCAAAGGACUUUGAACGUUGCAAAGCAAGGCACAGAGAAGAACACUGCUUUACUAUUUUCUAUGGUACCCAGUUUGUCCUCAACACCUUAAGUUUAGCAGCUGACUCUAAGGAUGAUACUGAUAAAUGGUUGUGUGGCUUGAAUAUCUUGUAUCAAGAGGUCAUGAGUGCUCCCACACCUGCGAUCACAGAGAGCUGGCUGAGAAAGCAGAUCUAUUCUGUUGAUCAAACUCGAAAAAAUAGUAUCAGUCUUAGAGAGCUGAAAACUGUACUUCCCCAAGCAAACUUCAAAGUGAGCAGCAUGAAGUACUUGAAGGAUAAAUUUGCGGAAAUAGGUGCUCACAAGGAAGAGCUUACUUUUGAACAAUUUCAUUUGUUCUACAAGAAAAUCAUGUUUGAACAACAGAAAUUGAUUCUUGAUGAAUUCAAAAAGGAUUCCUCUGUUUUCAUCCUUGGCAAUACUGACCGUCCAGAUGCCUCAGCAGUUCACCUCCAUGACUUCCAGAGAUUCCUGCUACAUGAGCAACAGGAAUCUUGGGCACAGGAUCUCAGUAAAGUCCGAGAACGAAUGACAAAGUUUAUUGAUGACACUAUGAGAGAAACUGCUGAACCUUUCCUCUUUGUUGAUGAGUUCCUUGCUUACCUAUUUGCAAAAGAAAACAGUAUUUGGGAUGAGAAAUAUGAUUCAAUAGAUGUGCAGGACAUGAAUAAUCCUUUGUCCCACUACUGGAUUUCUUCCUCUCAUAACACAUACCUGACAGGAGACCAGCUUCGCAGUGAAUCCUCCACAGAAGCUUACAUCAGGUGCCUCAGGAUGGGAUGUCGAUGUAUUGAGUUGGAUUGCUGGGAUGGUCCUGAUGGGAAACCCAUCAUUUACCAUGGAUGGACACGGACAACAAAGAUCAAAUUUGAUGACGUGGUGCAGGCAAUCAAAGACCACGCCUUUGUCACAUCUGAAUACCCAGUCAUUCUGUCCAUUGAAGAGCACUGCAGUGUGGAGCAGCAGCGACACAUGGCCAAAGUGUUCAAGGAGGUGUUUGGGGAUCAGCUUUUAAUGAAGCCUGUUGAAGCCAGUGCAGAUCAACUCCCAUCACCAACCCAACUGAAAGAAAAAAUCAUCAUCAAGCACAAAAAACUGGGGCCAAAGGGUGACAUUGAUGUGAACUUGGAAGAAAAGAAAGAAGAAAAGAAGCAACAAGGAGAACUUUACAUGUGGGACACAAUAGAACAGAAAUGGACUCGGCACUACUGCGCUAUUGCUGAUGAAAAGCUUUCAUUCAGUGAUGAUAUAGAACAGAGUACUGAUGAAGAUUCAGCAAAGGAGGUGAAACGAACUGAACUGCACUUAAAAGAGAAAUGGUUCCAUGGGAAAAUGAAAGGGGGGAGAACAACAGCUGAGAAACUGCUCCAGGAGUAUUGUGCUGAAAUGGGUGGCAAGGAUGGGACAUUCCUGGUUAGGGAAAGUGAAGCUUUCCCUGAUGAUUACACCUUGUCAUUCUGGAGGUCAGGCAGAGUCCAGCACUGCCGGAUCCGUUCCACCAGUGAUGGGGAUGCUGUGAAAUAUUACCUGACAGACAACCUCACCUUUGACAGCAUCUAUGAUCUCAUCCAACACUACAAGGAGGCUCACCUGCGAUGUGCUGAGUUUGAGCUGCGCCUCACCGACGCUGUGCCCAACCCCAGUCCUCACGAGACCAAGGACUGGUACUAUAACAACCUGAGUCGGGGUGAGGCGGAAGACAUGCUCAUGCGAAUUCCUCGGGAUGGAGCCUUUCUCAUUAGAAAGAGAGAUGAACCUGAUUCUUUUGCCAUGACUUUCAGAGCGGAGGGAAAGGUGAAGCAUUUCCGAAUCCAGCAGGAGGGGCGGCACUUCGUGCUGGGAACCUCGGCCUACUUUGAGAGCUUGGUGGAGCUGGUGACCUACUAUGAGAAGCACCCGCUGUACAGGAAGAUGAAACUGCGUUACCCUGUGACAGAGGAGCUGCUGGAGCGCUACAGCACGGAAAAGGAUAUUAAUUCCCUCUAUGAAGUCAAGAUGUAUGUGGAGCCCAGUGAGAUCACCCCCACAGUGCCUCAGAGAACAGUGAAAGCCUUGUAUGACUACAGAGCCAAAAGGAGUGAUGAAUUGAGCUUCUCUCGAGGAGCUUUAAUUCAUAAUGUCACAAAGGAAACUGGAGGCUGGUGGAAGGGGGAUUAUGGAGAAAAAGUCCAACAUUAUUUUCCAUCUAAUUAUGUUGAAGAUCUAUCAUCCCUUAACUCUACAGAGCUUGAAAAUCAGAUCAUUGAGGACAACCCACUGGGCUCUCUGUGUCGUGGCAUCCUGGUGCUCAAUACGUACAAUGUUGUGAAAAUGCCACAAGGAAAACACAAAAAGCCUUUUGUCUUCAUUCUGGAACCUAAGAAUCCAGAAGAUCCAUGUGUUGAGUUUGCAACUGAUAAAGUAGAAGAACUCUUUGAAUGGUACCAAAGUAUCCGUGAGAUCACCUGGAAAACAGCAGAAGAGGAGAACAGGAGGAAAUACUGGGAAAAGAAUCAGUUAAUUGCUAUUGAAUUAUCUGAUCUAGUAAUCUACUGCAAGCCAACAAGCAAAACCAAGGACAAUUUAGACAAUCCUGAUUUCAGAGAAAUCCGUUCUUUUGUGGAAAACAAGGCAGAGAGCAUUGUUAAGCAAAAGCCACUGGAGUUGUUGAAGUACAACCUGAAGGGCCUGACCCGUGUCUAUCCCAAAGGACAGAGGGUUGACUCAUCCAACUAUGACCCAUUUCGCCUCUGGCUUUGUGGCUCCCAGAUGGUGGCUCUGAACUUCCAAACUCCAGAUAAAUACAUGCAAUUGAACCAUGCCUUGUUUUCCCUGAAUGGACGCACUGGCUAUGUGCUGCAGCCAGAGAGCAUGAGAAAUGAGGAGUAUGACCCAAUGCCAAAUGACUCCAAGAGGAAAUUGCAGAUGAUUAUGACAGUGAGGGUUUUAGGUGCUCGUCAUCUCCCUAAACUUGGUAGAAGCAUCACCUGUCCCUUUGUAGAGGUUGAAAUUUGUGGGGCUGAAUAUGAUAACAACAAAUUCAAGACAACAGUUGUGAAUGACAAUGGCCUUAAUCCAAUUUGGGUACCUAAUGCAGAGCAAGUGAAAUUUGAAAUUUACGACCCAAAUCUGGCGUUCCUGCGCUUUGUUGUCUAUGAGGAGGAUAUAUUCAGUGAUCCCAACUUCUUAGCACAUGCAACUUUUCCCAUCAAAGGAAUCAAAUCAGGUUUUAGGUCAAUUCCUCUCAAGAAUGGCUACAGUGAAGAUAUAGAGCUGGCCUCGCUUCUGGUGCACUGUGAGAUGCAACAAGUUCUGGAAAGUGAAGAAGAGCUUUAUUCCUCGUGUCGGCAACUUCGGAAGCGCCAGGAGGAGCUGAACACCCAACUGUUCCUCUAUGACACCCACAUGAACCUAAGGAAUCCCAACAGGGAUGCUAUACUGAAAGAAUUCAAUGUCAAUGAGCACAAGCUACAGAUUUAUCAAGAGACUUGCAACCGCAGAUUAAAGGAGAAGAAAGUCAGUAACAGCAAAUUCUACUCUUAGAGCCCAUCAUUCUUUGAUGUGUGCUUUAUGGUGCAAUUCAGGAAGAGAUGGAUUUAUCCUGGUCAUCCUACUCAGUGAUGGUCUCAUCAGAUGGAAUGACUGGAAGAAGAGAAGGAAGAGGAAAUACGGAUUUCCUUAAUAAUUUCUUCUUUUAAGAAAAACUGGUUUUAUAUGUAAUAAUUUAUAUUCUGUACAAAGCAUACCCUCUGUGCAGGCCAGAACUUCUGUGUAUUCAAGAUUUUUAAAACUUGAGGAUGUGUAGUUGGAUGGACCUCACUUCUCAUUAUCAAUACCUGAAGUCCAAAUCAUCUCCUGUAUGUGUGUACAUGGGCUGUAGAUAAGACAGUCAGAAAAAUCUGCAUGCAUGGAAUCACACCACGUGAACAACCUGGCUCCUCAAGACUAACUAGUAGUGAGUUUUUAAUUUAUUAAAUGCUGUGAAAGCACUUCUACACCAGCAUUGUCACGUCAUGUAUGUUACAGUCCUGGAGACAGCAGAUUGUGCUGCUGAUACUGUAUAAAAUAUUUUGGGCAGCUAUUGUCUCUUAUUAAAAAUUUUCUGUUACAUUUUCAAGAACAAGAUAAUAUGUUAAUUUUGUUGAAAGCAAAUACCCUCUUUGACUGUAGUUGUGUUUUUCCUGUUGAACUCUUUUUAAAGGUUUAAGAAAGGAGCAAUGUGUAAACCUCUGUUCAUAGCCCCUGUGAACUUCUGUUCACAGCCUCGAGGCACUGCAAGGAAAAGUUUUAAGAUAUGCAGUAGGAGAUAUCUGUUUGUUUGCAGAAAGGGAAGGUAUUUAAAAUUCUGAGAAGCACUUACUUUUGUACAGUAUCAUUUCUGCAAAUCCUUUCAGCUGCUAAUGUGCUUAGAAAUGAAUUUUUAAAUGAACUGUCAAUUUUUAAUCUUGCAAUCCUACAUAGACGAUAGUCAAAUGAUAGUGUUCUGUAAAUGUAGACCAUUUUCCCAAAACAUAACUAAUCCAAGAAUGAUAGUGUGCACAAAUACAGAGGUACAUCCUUCUGGUGCCUUUAAUCAAAUCAAGAACAUGAAGCUGCAGAUGAGAAUACUUGUUAGAUUAGCAAGUGUAUUUUCCUACCAGAGCAGAACUAAAGGCCUUUGAUGGAAUAUUUAACAGCAGUUGUCGUAAUUUGUGCAUGUGUUGGUCCUUUGUGCUAGUGCUGUAUUGUUACCAUCAAAUUCCUGGUUGUCUCAUCUCUACAUGGGAUGAGUUUUGCUAUUUAUAUUCCCAACUUUAACAUUCAAAUGUGUGCAGAGGAGUUUAGUUUUUGGAUUGACUGCCUGAGGCACAAAAUACUCCUUCCACAGAGCUGUACUUCUGAUCACAGAGGACUUGCAGGAUUUGGGAUUCAUGGCCUGAUGCAGCUGCCUCAGCAAUUUUCAAUUUCUCUUGCUCCCCACGCUGUGACUUCUGUUGUUUCAAGAGGCGCUUAAUUGAUGCCAUUGUGCAUUCACAGAUGAUGGUUUGAGGAACCCUCUUGAGGUUUUAGCUAUUCUGUAAAGACAGUCUUGUCUCAGAGAUGAAAGUGUUAUAAUAGUGUAUCCCACAAUGGGGUGGCUUCUGUAAAUUUUUUAUUAUAAAGAAAUUAAUUACUAAUCACCCAGCUGAAAACCAGAGAAAAGUUAAAGGCAAUUCUCUGCUUUUCAUCCCUUUCCUAAAAUCUCUUCAUUACCCAGCUGUGAUUGACCUGUUCAAAAUGGAUGUAAAUCUUGCUCAAACAAACAAAAAAAGAAAAUCACAUCAACUUUGGAUUUGGGAGGUGGAGCUAGAACCUAGACUGCUGUAUAGAGUUGGUUUUAUCUUCAUUAUCCAAGUGUGGAUUGUUCUGCCUGUCAGAAUUCUUUUUAAGCUCAGUUCCAGAGCAGACCCAACCAAACCAUCCAUUUGUCCUGACUUCCUCCAUUGGUGUGUGUAUUCCUGACACAGCACAGUCACCUGUGAUGGACACAGGAGUGAGUCAUCAUGCUGCUUUUUUGCAAAUAUUUAAGAAUUAACUCAUUUUGUAGUCCUUUGAAAAGUCAUGUGCACAUUCUCCACUCACACAGUGUCAGGAGUUACAAGAGGCACUCCAUCAGUGUUUAUGCAAAUGCAUUUUGCUUUACAGUAGGACUUUUCCCCAGACUGUGAUGUUGCACUGUGCAGAAUGAAAAUACUGCAGUGAUUCUUCUGCUGACUUGCAAAUGAUGACCAAGGCUCUGUUCUAACUCUUCUCUUGGUUCUUGCAUUCUGUGUUUUAUUUCCAAGACCUCAACUCUCAGUUCUUCCUUGGGGCAGACUCUGUAGAAACUCUAUCACAGUUGCAACUGUUUGAGUAUGAAAGUAGGUUUGAAUGUGUGUGCUAAUUUUUUUAAUCCAGGAGGGAAAACAUUUAUAAAUUUUUGAAGUUAACAAUUGUUCAAUUGUUAUAUUCUUAUAGAAACUGUUUUAAAUCUUUGAAAUAACUUAUUUUAAUAAAUAAUUUUUGAUAUCUCACACUGGUGGGAAUGAUGCCAUGUGCAUCUUUGUUUAACUAUUGCUUGUUGAAUUUCAUGAUUUUUGAGUUCUUAUUGAAAAGUGAUCUGCUGGUAUGGUCUGGUGUGCUCUGCUAGAGGUUAGAAGAAGGUCAUUUCUGUGUUUUUUAUAUAAAUUGACUUAGUGAUUGUUUCAGGAGACAUGGUUAUCAUUGCACUUCCUCUGGCUCCAAACACACAGGGCAGAAGGAAAAGGUCAAAGAUCGAGUUUAACUUGUGGCUCCAAACCAACCUUUUUCAGUGAGAGGCAGAUACAAACUCCAGCUCUAGUGAGAAUCAGAUUUGUGUGAGCUGGAACAAUAAAAUCUGAGCAAGGCAAAUGUUAAAUUCGUGGUAAUUUGGAACAACAGUAAUGAUGUUUAUAAAAAAAUUUCCUCAGAACACUUUCUGACUGUGAGGUUGCAUGGGGAGAACUGCCCCUGGGUGAAUGCACUCUGUCUUUAUGUGAUUUUUUUUUUAAUUGUUGGGAGUCUUGGGAACACAUUUUUUCUCAUGUUUUAAUCAAAAUGACAUGCUUAUUGAACAUGAAUCUGUAUGAGGUG